CCCUGCUAGGGAAACUCUUCAGUCCCUUUGCAAAAUGAAAGUCUCCAGAGAACAACAUGGGAGGGUACUGGGGUCUUGCUUCAAAAUCAUGAACCACAACACAAUUAUGUUCACAGCCAAAUGAAUAGACUUAGCUAUUUCUUCUCCAAGAGGGGAAAAACAAUCCUAAAGAGAGCAAUACAAAUCUGACUAAAGCCUUCAUCAAAUAAAGUGCAUAAAGCAGUCCAAGCUAAUCCCCUCCCCCCAAAUUAACACAAACUCUCCACUCCUUCCUAACCAACUCCUAAGGUCAUGGCUAGUUUGAAGCAGGCCCACUAACUAUAAUAAAAAUAACUAAUAUCACCUCAUAAUAAGCAUUUCACAACACUCAUUCAUUCGAAUGUUCAUUCUGUGCCCAGUACUGUGCUAAGUACUUUGCAUAAAUUAUUUCACUUUUCCCCUCCCAUCUGCAUUGCAGGUAGGUACUGAUAUUUAAAUUUUGGAGAUUGAGGAUAUGAGGCUCUCAGGAAGUUGUGACCUUUCCAAGUCCAGCAGUCACUAAGUGACAGAGGUGUGAUUAGAAGCCAGGUUUGAUCUGACAGCUCAAGCUCUAAGGCACAUGAAAGCAGACCCCAAUACCAUCACCAACUCAAUAAAGGAUAGCAUAGCUAUCACUGAGUCUCUCUUCCCCCAAGUGGACAAUGCCAGAUCCACCUACCUACACAGAAUAAAGACCUUGACUUUUCAGUCUAAUACUGUUUUACUGACCCUUUCUCUCAGUUUGGAAAGUAUGCCACUGGUUAAGGUGACAUCAGGGAUGAACUCGUGUGUAUUCCCCCCACAACUCUUCUCUUGGGGGGGGGCAGCUAGCUGUCUUGGAGCCACUCCCACUUCAACUCAAGACAGAGAAGGGGCAUAUGACACUAGGCCAAGCAGCAGGUGGGAAAGUAAAAAAGACUUCCAGAAAACUCUUCCAAGGGUGGAGGGGAGGGCUUGGAGGGGAAGCUCUUCUGUGCCAAUCUAAGGAAAAAUGAUUUUCACACCCCAGCAAAGGGGCAAAGUCAGCUACACCACACCCGUACCCCUCCCCCCCUUCACAAAACUCCAGGCCGGGUUUCCCACCUGCAGGAUGCUAAGGCCAAGGAAAGGGAGACGGGAAAGAGAUGGCACGGGACUGGAACUGGACUCGGGGCAGAGAUGGGAGGGAAAUGGAAGAGGGAGGAGGCCUUAUUGCCUGGCAACCAUCCCGGGGCACGUGCACUGGUGACAUCACCCCAGGCCACCUCUAACACAGACCUUUGACUCCUAUGGGGGCAGAGGGGGCCGCUGGCUAAGUUUCAUGAGAAAUAGCCUUAGGAAUUCUGGGAGCCAAAAAACGAGACGAAGGAGGAAACCCAGGUGUACUGCCUUUUCCUCUUUUAGCCUCAGCAGGACUUCAGUCCUAGGGGCUCAGGCUUCUCAUCUGCCCCUUCCUCUCUGCCUUCAGCCCUGACCUCCCAACCCACAUUUCUGACAGGACUCCCGACACGCCCUUCGGAGAUACUGUGCCUUCUCUUUCCUGGGCGUUAUCUCUGGUGGGGGCGGGAGACGGGGGAUGGGCUACCGGGUCUCUCGGGGGCUCCGUCUCCCAUCUGCACGGGAUCCCCUCUGCCCUAGCCGGCCGCCAACCGUAAUCUGUCUGGGUCCCCAACUCCCCCGCCCCUCCCGCGCUGUUCCAGGGCGGAGUCUGUAGAGUUGAAAUCAGGACACGCUGAGAGGAAGAGUUAUAUAACCCGAAGAAGCCGGGAAGGACGAGCGGAGACCGGGACAAGGCGGCCUGAAAGGAGUCAAGGGAGCUGCAAAGAACACUAGGGCGAGUGAGGAAGAAACAUUAGGGAUGGGCAGGGUUUGUGCGCAUAUCAAAGAGCAGGAAUUAACGCAGAGAAUGGACGUGACGACCCAUCUGGGUCGUCUGGGGCUUCGUUGCAAUGCCCUUCCCCCACCAACUGCAGCUGGGUCCGGGCAACUGAAAGCUUGGGAAAAGGCGCUGGUACCCACUCCCUUUCUCUCGGGGAAGCAACCUAAGUCAAAGCCUCGGAAGGCAGCCGUUGAGCUUAUGGAGCCAGAAAUCACAGCUCCGCCCAGCCCACCUGGGAGCGUGGGGGGCCAUGGCAAACAGGGCCAUGACGUCAGUGACGUCCGCUACACCGGAUUGGGCAGAGAGAGUUCGGGAAUCUGGCUCCCAAGCCUCGCAGGCUUGUUACUCUGGCAACAGGCUGGUCCGGCUCGCCCAGCUCUGGUGUCGGCUAGGAUACCGAAUGUGGGAUGCGGGAUACAGGGUACAGUGUAUAGGAUCUACCCCCGAUCUUUGCCUGACAAACUCCUAAUCCAUUUGGAUCCCGCGCUCUUCCAAGGACGGAAGUGGAUUGUGGGCAUGGAGCAGACCAGCUGCAUGGGUUCUGCUUCCACCAAGCAGGAGUUCUUCCAGUCCCAGCCAGCACCCUCCAGUAUAAUCCCCGGACCCAUACACCGUCCUCGGGAGAAAUGA